AUCCGUUAUUUUUGCUGGCUUGUCGGGUCGGGGGUCUAUAUACAAAUAUCGAGUAAUUUUUAUUUUUUGAACGGAUAUAAAAAUAAAACUGGAAAUGUGGAAAUGUUCCGGCCCAUUUUGUACCACCGAGCAAUGCCGCCAUAAUCCUCUUUCCCUCUUCCGCUCAUCCUCCGGACGAAUGGUCCAAAAAUUGAACCGCCUGUAAAAGAAAUGUCGAAAAUGCUUCAUCAUAAAAGCUUGUUCCAAAAAAGCAUCUCCAGACAUGUCUUUUGCCGCCAUUUUCUACAUCGGAAUCUUCGUCCGAAACCAAGCCGGGGCUCCAACGGCGUCGGAAACGACGAUGAAGAAUACGGCGGCGGCGGAGAGAUGAUCAGAAGAAAGGAAAACCAAGAAGUAAACAUAAACUUGCUCAAGAGCAGAGGCCAGCACCUGCUGACUAAUCCUCGAAUUCUCGACUCCAUCGUCAGAAAAUCCGGCAUACUCCCCACCGACACCGUCCUAGAGAUCGGUCCCGGAACCGGAAAUCUCACUCUCAAGCUUCUAAACGUUGCCGGGAAAGUCAUAGCCAUCGAGGUUGACAAACGUAUGAUCGAAAUCCUCAACAAACGCGUGGCCGAACAUGGCCUUCGUGAUAAAUUAACUGUUGUAUGCCAAGAUGCACUAAAGACAGAGUUUCCGCAGUUUGAUCUUAUGGUUGCCAACAUUCCAUACGGGAUUUCCUCACCUCUGGUGGCUAAGGUGGUGUUUGGGACAACCUCGUACCGGAGCGCCACUCUUUUGCUACAGAAAGAGUUUGCAAGGAGACUGUUGGCGAACCCGGGCAAUUCUGAGUUCAACAGGUUAGCCGCAAACGUGAAGCUGGUGGCUGAUGUGGAGUUGGUGAUGGACGUGAGCAAGAGGGACUUCUUACCCUGUCCAAAAGUCGAUUCUUCCGUUGUUAAGAUCCACCCGAAACCAUCAAUCCCAGACGUCAAUCUUGACGAGUGGUUGGCUUUUACCAGAACUUGCUUCACCAAGAAGAACAAAACUCUGGGUGCGAUUUUCAAGCAGAAAAGGAUGUUAAUGGAGCUGUUGAAGUUGCAAGGAGUGAAAGAGGCUCAAGAAGUGGUUGAGCUGACCUCUUUCAAGGAGAUGGUAAUCAAUGUAUUGAGUUUUGGUGGAUUUGAUGAUAAAAGGCCAUCAAAGCUCUCACACGAAGAGUUGCUUCACUUGUUGUCCCUGUUUAAUCAAGCUGGGAUUUCGUUUCAUGGUCCCACCUAAAAGGCCGCUGAACCAUCACGAUUUAACCCUCCACAAUUUUGUUGGGCGCCCUCGCGGGCGAGGGAUACAGAUGUGAAUGAGUGAAUCCCCUACCCCAACUCCCUAUCUCGUCCUCCAAAUUGUGCCACUUCGCACAAAAACACCCCCCCACACACCUUUAUAUAUGUCCCCUAUCCCUUCGCCCCAUUGUGCUGGGUGG